AUGGUGGCUCUCGCUAGGCUUCCCACCAGGGAUCGGCUUGCUUCGUGGGGCAUGAACGUUCCAACGCAGUGUGUUCUUUGUCUCUUCGGAACAGAGUCUCAUUCUCAUCUUUUCUUUCAAUGUCCUUUUGUUGCAGCAAUUUGGGCUAAGUUCUCUGCCAGUCCAGUUCUGCUUGCUCCAGUCUCUAUCCAAGCGCUUGCUGGUGUUAUUGCUCAUCCCCAACUCGCUGGAGUUGCUGGUAUGGAUGCUGUGCUGAAGCUUAUAUUGCAGGUAAUUGUGUAUUGCAUCUGGCAGGAGCGUAACGUGCGCAUCUUCCAGCAAGUCUCUACAUCAGUUGCUGAAGUCUUCUCUCGGGUGGACCGUCUCAUCAAGGACCGCCUGCUUGCCAUCAGUCGUCACGCCCAACCUCCGCCAUCGCCUUCGUUGCUCCUGCUCUAUCUCUCUUUGUUGCCAGCGGGUCUGUAA